GCGAAGAGGAGAGAUCGGCCGGACGCGCGCGCACGCACGCCGCCGACCGAAGUCACCGAACGACCGCACAGUCGUCUUGACGUUUUCGCCGCGGCUUAUAGUCCACAGACUGCCGUGGUUCGGGCCGUAUCGUACGCUCGUCGAGUGUUAUGUUCAACUGCGGGUCGAGAGACACAGCACCUUCAUCAACCAAGUCGUCGCAAAGUGCACGAAUACUGAUAAAUAAUACGGGAUAACGGUUGGCUGCGGACGAUGGCCGCCACAGCGGUGACGAGGGCCCAGAACCGGGCCAUCGCAAAGGGCACAGACCCAAAGGCGGCCACUUGUCGGGCAAAGUUGCAACGAGCGAGGUCUGCUCUGAACAAGCAGAUGGACCGGGAGCUGCGGUUACGCGAGGGUGCUGAGAAUCUAUUGCGGGCUACCACCAAAGACGGCGGUAGUGGCGAUAACAGCGGCAUCGUUGGUAGCGGUGGCGGCCGCAGGAAUAAGAGCAAAAGCAGAAAACUCAUUAGGCAGACGGUGGCAUUGGAGCUGAGUUUCUUAGAUUCCAACGUCCGAUUGCUGGCUGACGAGCUGGCCGAGCUUAACGGUUCGGUUGACGUGUAUCAGUACCGAGACGAUGACGAAGACGAUGACCAAGGAGAUAAUUUUGAUAGUCACCGUUGUGAUUCUGCCGUGAACGGUACCAGUGCAGACGGUUCAACGGCGAAUCGACGACGACUGCGACGGCAACGGUUAAUGCCCAUGAUUGCCGUGCCGUUAAAGGACACCAGGCCAAUAGAUUUUGGUCCACCGCUUGAGCGUUUCAUCAGUCAGCACUAUGGUGUGGAUUUAUCAGCGACACCGGAAGAGAUAAGCGCUGUCCGAGGUGGUGUAGGAGACGAUGGAGACGAUUGCGAUGAAGGUACGGUGCGCCGACGAUCGUUGUCGUUACGCGAAGCCAUAGACGAAUUGACGCAACUCCGGGUGGACACGCAGACGCCUAGCAGAGACUUGGACGGCGUUCGACUUUUGCUACGGUACUACAGGCAGUUGUACUACGUGGACCGCAGAUUUUUCCCACCAGCUCCGACGGUGACGCCGGUGACGACAACUCCGCGAAAUCAUCAUCAACAUAAUCGGCAGCAGCAGCAGGACCCCAAUUAUCGUCACGUUAAACAGCAACAGCUACAGCACUCGACCGUCGUCGGCUCGUUGUUGUCGUCACCACCUCCAGCUAUUUAUUUCGAAUGGUACGAUUCGUUCGGUGGUCCGGUGCCGUCGUGCGGCCAACGCACCGUCCGGUUCGAACAAGCUUGCGUACUGUUCAAUGUGGCAGCGGUGCACACGCAAAUGGGCGCUAAGUACGACCGUCGUUGCAGGGACGACGCAGACGACGGUGACGACGACGACUACAACAACAUGAGCAUUGGCUCGGGAAAGCGGACGGGCUCUUCGACGACGUCGACCGGACCGGAAGUCGUGGACGGAGCCGCGGCCGCCGCGCAGUGCUUCCUGCGAGCGGCCGGCGCGUACCGGCACAUCGGCGACACGUUCGCCAACGCGCCCGCUCGUGCUGCCGAUCUUCGCGCCACCGGCGUCCUUUACGCACUCAUGAUGGCUCAGGCUCACGAAUGCGCGUUUGAAAAAUUACAAUGGCGGUUUUUGACAUCCGUUCGGCAGCGGUGUCGCCGUCGACGUUAUAAAGGCUAUGAAGCAAGAGAAGCCGAAGCUAGUGCUGAAGGACUUGGCAGUGGUAACCGUCGAGGACGUGGUGACAGAGAUACAACUAUUGGUGGUGGUAAUAUCGAAGUAACCGCAAAUACACCGACGUGGACAGAGCUGGCUCGUGAAGCGGCACACGUGUCGCGAAUGUACGGGGACGUGGUGUACAACAGCUGCUGCCGCCCGCCCAACGAAAGAGCCGGAAAUCGAGGCAAGGAAAACGGCGGCGAGCAGGGCGGCACGGCCACAGCCGGAUCUAUGCUUCCGGACGUCUGGGUGGCCGUGUGCAGGAUCAAGGACCGGCACUACGCGGCUCUUGCGUACCGGUUCGCCGCUUGCGCUCUGCUUCCGUAUCGCGGAUGCAGUGCAGACGGACAGCCGGAUGAGCAGCAUCACGUGGGAAGUUCCCGUCGUCGUAGCACCGUCGACUCGGAUGCCAGCCAACUGUUGACGGAGCUAACGGCUGCUGCGGCGGCCGCGGGUCUUGGAAUUGUUGAUGACGACGACGACGACGACGACGACAAUAACGAGACGACCUCAGUGGUAGUGCGUCAACGGCGGCGUCGCAAACAACUCGGUAUGCUUUUGCUGGAGGCGGCUGCAGCGGCCCACGACCGAGCUGACCGAGCACAGCGAUUGUGCCGGCAACUCCGCGCUAAAUCUGAAGGAAACACUUCGGGCAGCGGCGGCGGAGGAGGUUUACUGGCCGGCGUGUUGGACCGAGAACGGCAGCGGACCGUACGGUUGUUGCUAUUGCAACGCCGCGACCAAGUCGGCGACGACGAGUACGGUACGGCCGAAGGUGAAGGCGGCGAAGGUGACAACGAUCGAAGAGUUGGCCGUGCCGAGAAGAGUGGCAGCCAAUGUUGGGAUUGCCGAGACUGUUGUUCGGACGACGACGGUAUCGAUGCUGCCGCGGUAGCCGAUUUUUGUUCGGGCGAUCAAGAAGAGUUUACCGCGGCCGGUAUCGCUGGCAUUCCAGGUCUGGACAUCGAUCGAGGUGUGCUAAUCAGACCGCGGACCAGAUUUCGGUUGAUGUCGAUUGCGCCCGACUUCACGGACACCGGCGACGGGGACGAUUACGCCGACGACGUGGACGGCGGCGAAGACCGACACCGACAGAAGCACGAGAUCGCGGACCGCGAGGAACGCAGAGCCGAUCUGUUCGCCGGGCUAGGGCCCGUGGCCGUGUUUUCGGCGCGGCACCAGUGUUCGCGGCCCCGCUGGGUGAAAGUGGCCCGCGGUGGAGGCCGUCACCGUUCCCCUUGCGGCGGCGACGAAGACGAUUGCGACGACGGCAAAUCCGCAGAUCCGAUUCAGCUCGUCGACCGGUGGUUCGGGUUCGAGUUGCGCAGCCACGGCGGUGGCACGGCGGCCGCGGUCCCGCCGGCUACCGUAGGACACGUCCGAUCCAGUUCUCAGGCACAACACGUCGGCCUAAGACGCGGUGACAUAGUGGUGGCAUUAAAGCUGUGUUCUGGUGACGGCAGCGGUAGGGCAAUGGACGUCAGAUGGGAAACGUGUCGCAGGGUAGCCGAGCUUAUUGUUCAUCAUCAUCAACGGCGUCUGAGGCCUAGUUCCGGCGACGGAGCAGUCGUCGUCCAGUUGAAAGUCGUCACGCCGAUCACCGCCGCGACGGUGUCUGACAGCUACCCGACCAUGGAUCCAAACAAAAUCUAUAAACGGAGAAAUACAAAUAUGGCAGCCUUAACUUCAACUAUGCAUUCAGGUCCUCCACCUCUACCACCCAUGUUGCUACAGUCCAAUUCGAAACAACGUCGUCAACGACGACAGAACGUUAACGGUGGCAGUGAAGGAACCGAGAGUACUAAUAAAAAAAAUACAUGGUUGUGGAAUCCUUUUCGACGACGUCGAAGAAGCGUAGUCGGCAAUAAGUGUUGAAAUUUAUUGACCAAUGUAAUUACCAUUGAUUAUCAUACAAUAUGUGGAUACAUGUUAAAUAAAUACUGUUCGUAAUCUGUAAGACAUUUUUAGGAUAGGAUGUUACUAUUAUGAUAUAAAUAAUAAACGCAAAAUAUAUACAUUUUUAA